GCCAUUUACACAAAAUCCCUAGUUUCGACUCGAUACCUAUUGGAAGAUUCGGGCAGCCUCAUUAGACGAUAACUAUUAGGCAGUAGCCCAAGAUGGCCGCCUACGAAUAUGACGAGGCCGGUGUUAUGGCCACAUAUUUCCUCUUGACGGUGUUGGCUCUGGUGCUGAUACCGGUAACGUUGGCGUCGUUGGGUAAACGCUCAGACACGACCAAACACGGCUGCGACUGCAAAGCCUGCCAGGAACAACGAGCGCGGAUUAAGAAGCGGGAAGGAUCCAUCUUCUCGCUCAAGUUCUCUACCAAGACCUACCUUCUCCUUGGAGGCUGGACAUUGGUUGCACUGCUGUCAUGGCGCGCUUCCAAGCUCAAGACGAACAACAAAGUCUACGACCCCUUCGAGAUUCUCGGUAUCUCCUCCAGCGCAACCGAGAAGGAAAUCAAGUCCCACUACAAAAAGCUCUCCCGGCAAUUCCAUCCCGAUAAGGUUAAAGUCACCGCCGAAAUGACGUUGGAGCAGAUUCAAGACCGUUUCGUGCAAAUUACCAAGGCGUAUAAAUCCUUGACGGACGAGAAGAUUCGCAAGAACUGGCUCGAGUGGAACAACCCUGAUGGACCUCAAUCCACCUCUAUGGGUAUCGCCCUCCCCAAAUGGAUCGUUGAGAGCCAAAACAACAUCUGGGUACUCGGGUUCUACGGUCUCCUGUUCGGUGGUGCCCUCCCUGCUGUCGUCGGCCGCUGGUGGUUCGGCAACCGCCAAAAGACCAAGGACGGCGUUCACGCCCAAUCCGCUGCUACCUUCUUCAAGUAUGUCCGCGAGGAAUCCAGCGUUGAUGAGAUCGUCUCCUCCCUCGGCAAGGCGUACAAGUGGGAACUCCCUCAGGUCAAAUCGGGUGUUGACACCGAGUUGGCUGAGCUCGAGAAGGCUAUUGUUGAGAAAGUCGGUUCGCGGUAUGCGGAGGUUAAGAAGUCGGCGAAGGAUGCGGAUGGAACUAUUCAUCCCUCAAGAGCGAGGGCGUUGGCUUUGAUUUAUGCGCACUUGUGUCGGAUUGAGGUUAAGAACCCUGCUUUGGCUGAAGAACAACGCAGAAUCAUCCUUUCGACUCCCCUCCUGCUUUCCGCGCUCCUCAACGUCGCUAUCGCUCGCAACUGGCUCAUCCCCACCCUCUGGGCUAUGCGUCUACACUCCUACAUCGCUCAGGCUCUCCCUCCCGACCCACCCCCGCGUGUCAAGCUCACCCAACUUCCCUUGUCCAAGGCUGAUAUCGACUCCAUGUCUCCCCGACCGAAGGAUAUGCACGAGGUUUUGGUUGCGCUUGAGGAUAAGACGGACGAGAAGAGCGUUGAAGCCAAGAAGGCGCUGGCCAAGUGGGGUCGCGUUGAGAUUGUUGAUGCAGGUUUCAAGGUUAUUGGCGAACGCGUUAUUUCCCCUUCUUCGAUUGUUUUCCUCGUUGUCAAGCUCCGGUUGACGCCGCCUGGUGUAUCGGUUGAGCCUAAGGAUUUGAGCGUGGAGGAGACGAAGCGGGUGGUUAAGAUGAAUGAUGAGAAGGAUGAGGCUUUCUUGCUUGCCAAGGGUGACGCUGAGGAGAUUUCGGAGGAGAGGAUUCCUGGAUAUGCGCAUGCUCCUUAUUGGCCCGCUGGUCGUAAACCGACGUGGUGGAUCGUCCUCGGCGACGACAAGCAGAACCGGAUCGUUGUCCCACCCAUGCGUGUCUCUGAGAUCCCCUACGCUGAUUCUGAGAGCGAGCGUGAUUAUAGGAGUUAUAAGAUCCAGUUCCAGGCUCCUCCGCAGGUUGGCUUGUUCACGUGGAGGUUGUAUGUGGUUAGCGAUACGUAUGCGGGUGAGGAUGCUGUGCGGGAUGUUCAGCUUAAAAUCGAAGAACCGGUACACGAAGACGAACCCUCUGAAGACGACAUUUCGGAUCCUGACGAGGACACGUUGGCGGGCCAGAUGGCCGCUAUGCGUGGUGGUGCUGUGAAGAAGAGGAGGGAUGAGAGUGAUGAUGAUGAUGACGACGAUGAUAGUGACGAGGAGACGGAGUAUAGUGAUACUACGAGUGAUAGUGAUAGCGAUUAG